AUGCGGGAAUACAGAAGGCCGAAAGAAUUGUUGUCGCUCCCUGAUCAAGAUUAUUAUCAACUAAAAGAGGAAGCCAUUCGAAAUUCGUGGAAUUGUUGGAUGUUAGCGGCAGUGGGUUCCUUGACAAUACGAGAAGAACUAUUGAAAAAUGUCGUUUUGGCCAAUCAGAACUUCAGCGAUUCCGACUAUGCGGGGAUAUUUCGUUUUCGUUUCUGGCAUUUUGGAGAGUUUAAAGAGAUUGUUGUCGACGAUCGACUUCCUGUAACAGAAAAUGGAGAUCUUAUAUUUAUGAAAUCAAGAGACCGUGGAGAAUGUUGGUCGGCUCUCCUCGAAAAAGCAUAUGCCAAGGAAAUCAACUCGAAGGACAACUCUCAAAUGAUUUGCCUGGAGAGAAUAGGAAAAUAUAUCAAAAUGGUUCGUCUGAGGAACCCUUGGGGAGGCGUAGAGUGGAAUGGAGCCUGGAGUGAUGGUUCUCGAGAAUGGGACCUCAUUUCAAAAGAAGACAAACUGGAUCUCGGCCUUGUCUGCGACGAUGACGGGGAGUUUUGGUUUGGUUCUAUGAAAUGUCAUUUUAGGAUGGAUUGGCAUGAUUUUUCUGAUAAUUUUUCAAUUGUUGACGUUUGCAACCUUCAUCCGGAUUCUGGGUUGAGGUCAAGCAGCAAGACUUGGAGUUCUUUAGAAAUGAGAGGACAUUGGGAUAAACUAGCUGUAUCCUCUGAAAACCACAUGACAGAAAGUGUGAGUAACAUUUUCAGGAAAUACGCUAAACAUGACAUGGAAAUCGAUCGAACAGAGUUGUUUGAUCUCUUGAACAACAUAUUCAAGUCUGGUCGAUCGAGUCCUGUAUUCAGACAGCAUUAUGUUAACGAAAUUUUAUUAUAUUUCGACAAAGACUCCCGUGGGACUAUUGGAUUUGACGAGUUCAAAGAUCUCUGGAAUAUGUUGACUGAAGCUAAGAAAAAACAUUAUUUUAAUGCUCAAGUCGGCCAGGGUUUUUACAUCCGUCCUUUAAAAGCAAUAGGAAUCAGAUGCCAGGUAAUUUAUCCAAUAAGACUGCAGGAUGGACUGGUCGGUUUCAGGAGUUUGAGCUGUCGAGUCAUUGGGAACUGUAAAGUUUUUUUCACGUCACCCACAGAUGCCCUACUCAAUGUAUUUCUUGCUAUCGCAGUGGAUAAUUUGGCAAAUGCACAAGAGCUAACUGACGCACAAGAACAAGAAAAAGCAAUGAAAGAUGAAUUAGUUAUCUAUCGUUUGAUUAGUGAAUAG